UGACAUUACGUACGAUUGUUUGAUAAAACUGGACAGUUGAUACAAUAAAAAAAAUAUAUUAAAUAUAUUAUUAAAAUAUUUGGAACAGAAAAAGUGGUUUAUUGAUGGCUGAAUCAGAUAAAGCCGUGUCCAAUGGGAAAAGAUGUUUAAAGACAAAGUCGCCUUAUCUAUUCCUUCAUCCAGGAAGCCAUGCCGUGAGAACAACUCCUAAAAAAACAUGGAAACAAAAAUUUAAGGAUUUAGAGGAAGAAAAUAGAAGUCUUGAGGAAGAAAAUAGAAGUCUUAAAGAAAAAUUGAAGGAGUAUGAGAAUGAAAGAAAUCGAUGUAACAAGAUUUAUCAGGAACAUGAGGCCCACCUUGUCAGUAGUACUAGUUGCGAGAAUUUACAAGUUGGUAACCAUAACAACAUGCAUGUAGUACACAACUUUGAUGCAGAUAGGCUAGAAAAACUUCUUAAACGAUAUGAGGAAACCGAAGCAAUAAUGUCCUGUAGAAUUAAGGAACCUGAGAAAUUGCAGCAACAAAAUGAAACAAAGAUAGAGCACUUGAAAGGAGUUGAUCAACAUUUCCUUGUCCAACAGUUAACUGACAACGAAGAGGCGUGCCCUGUAACAUCAUUAUCAAAUAUUUGCAGAGAAACAAAUUCAAUUAUGAAGACCAUAGCACCAGAAAUCGCUCGUAUGAUAAGUUUGCAAUCAAGCAAAAUUGAUGACCCGAAACCAGAAUUCUGUUCAGCGUUUAGUGCGUCACAAAGAUUUACUUCGACUGUAUCUUUAGACGAAAGGAACCAUACAGCAGAUCGCAACAAAUGUCACAGAAGGAUUCAUUCAGAACUUAAUAUCAAUAUACAUGUCUAAUCUUUGCAUUACUACUGCUAUAGAUAUAUUAACAAAUUGAUUAAACCAUUCUUAAUUAAAACCUGAAUAUUAUAACAAAAUCUGAACAGACUUAGCUCAUGAUGUUCACAAUCAUGUAACAAUUUUUAUCAUUUGUUAAUCAUUCCCGACUUUCACACAUAUUAACUUUAUCAUCUGCAUAUAACUAUGAAA